AUUCAGAAAGUUUGUCGACCAUACUUAAACAUAUUGAACAAACUAAGCUUUUUGGUGAAUCGAAAUUAACUUAUCAUUUUCUGGGUCAUCAUUUUCGGGAAAACUUCGGAUGAUUCGAUUCGCAGAAUUCUCCGGCGAGAAAUGAAGAUAGAAGGGAAGAAACCAAAGGCCUUCAGCUUUUUGUUAUCGGUGUUUCGGAUAACAGUGUCUUUUCCGAAACCUUUCAAAAACAUCGAUCUGUUCAUGGCGGUGAAAUUCUUCUUGAUAGUGGGGUUGUUAACAGCCUUUCCAAGCUUCGGGCUCGGUAAACAUAUGGCAAAAAUUUUCCACGCAGGUUAUACCUAAAUAUCACCAAGCCAUAAGCUGAAUUGAGCGAAAUUCGAAUAUUUUCAGGCUCCAAAUAUAGAAACGAGCAGAUAAACGACUUGAAUGCCGUCUUGCAAUGUCUUCUAGCCGUAGGUUACAUGGGAAUCUUGUUGCUCAUCGGGAAUAGGAUGCUCGGUUUCUUCCAGAAACUGCAGAGGAACAAACCGGAUAGCAUGGACGAUGUGGUCAGGAAAUUCGAGAAGUUUUCUGCAACGUACUACAAGACCGCUUUCUUCAUGUGUUUGGUGUACGGUCUGGACAACACCUUCAAAGAGUCCAACUGCGCUUUGAAAGAUAUGAUAGAUGGCAAUUCGACUUUGAUCUGCGGCUCCCAGAUCCCUAUGUUGUUCCCCAUGGGCUUGUCCCACUCAGUUCCAAGUUUUGUGAAGAUCCUCAACUGGUUUGUACUGAUGUAUUAUUUUCCAAGCUGCCUCACCGUCCCAGCUCUGGGUUUGGGAAGUAUAGAACUGAUUGUAGCAAGAAUUAAACAUCUGAAGAAAAUGUUGAAGCGGUUUAGCUUCGAGGAAGAAAUAAACGUCGCAUUGGCUAAAAGUCAUAUGAGGAAUUGUAUAAUAUAUUUUCUGGAUAUAAAAAGUUUGGCCGCUGAAAUGAACAACAGUGUUAGUUUAUUGUUCUUACCGCAAUAUACAGUAAUGAGCACCAUUUUGGCCCUGCUGGAGUAUCAGAUGAUCGUUGAAUUCAAUGCAGCGACUGUCAUUCGCUUCACAGGUUGGGCUUUCAUGGAAUUCAUGAUAUGCAUGAAGUGCCAAACUCUAUUGAAUGAGAGCCUGGACCUGGCCGAAUGCGUUUACGAUAUCGAAUGGUACAACAUGCCCCAAGAGGUACGAAGUAUGUACAAAAUAUUCCAUCUGGCCGCACAAAAACCGAUACAUUUUCAAGCCAAACCAUUCGUCCCGCUGGACACCAAGUUCUUGAUGAACGUAAUGAAAAGUUCCUAUUCGUUGAUGAUGUUUUUCCGGACUUGGUCGGAUGAAAUAUAAUUGGUUAAUCUCAAGAAAUGGCAGACCCACUGGCGUAGCAAUGAAAAGUGUUUUUGAAUUAUAUGAAAGUUGCACAAAACUAAGACAACUAUAAUUGAUUCCGGUCAACAUAUUUAGGAAAAUAAAUUCUAUUCAUCUCUGCAAAUAGCUGUUUUCUAUUUGUACCAAUCUCUCAGAAAUUAGGCGAAUGCUUCUACCAUAAGAAGAAUAUCCAUUUCCAAUUGAAUAUGAACUGGAACAAGUU